CGACGGUGCCAUACUCUACAGAUGUACAUUUUGGGUUUAGCAGCACGGAUCUGAUCCACGGGCUGGACUUCGUCUGCAAGCGAGCAUGAUGUCCAGCCUUUGAAGAAUCGAGAAACAAGUAUAAAGAGGUGGUAGGUACGAGACCAUUUCGAUGCCAGCCCAGUAAGAAUCAACCAUUGUCUUUCUUCAGUCAACCGACUACUGUCGAUAAUUUCAACGAUGAAGAGCGCGAUCGUCUUGACCAGCGUUGUUGCCUUUGCAACACAGGUAGUGUCUCAUGCGACAUUCCAAGACCUUUGGGUCAACGGCAAAGAUCAGAUAAGUAUACCCAACCCAUAAUACGAUGCCACUAACACCCAUUCACCAGUCGACUUGCGCCAGGCUUCCCAACAGUAACAGCCCCGUCACAUCGGUAGCAAGUAACGACAUCCGUUGCAACGCCAACCACGGACCAGCAGCCUCAAAAUGCAGUGUCCCUGCCGGUGGCACUGUAACUGUAGAGAUGCAUCAGCAGAACGGCGAUCGGUCUUGCGCGAACGAGGCCAUUGGUGGUGCCCACUACGGCCCUGUGCUUGUCUAUAUGUCCAAAGUCGCAGAUGCAUCCACAGCUGAUGGCUCCACUCCGUUCUUCAAGGUCUUCCAGGAUACAUGGGCUAAGAACACUGCUGGCGGCGGCGGCUCAGACGAUUAUUGGGGUACGAAGGACCUGAACAAAAACUGCGGGAAGAUGGACGUGAAGAUCCCCACAGAUCUGGCCCCAGGAGACUAUCUGCUAAGAGCGGAAGCCAUUGCGUUGCAUGCUGCAUCUGGUGCUGGCGGCGCUCAAUUCUACAUUACCUGCUAUCAAAUCACUGUGACUGGUGGUGGUUCGUCUUCGCCUGCUGGUGUGGCUUUCCCCGGAGCAUACAAAGCUACCGACCCUGGCAUCCAGAUCAACAUCUACCAGAACCUCGCAUCGUAUGUCGCCCCCGGUCCGGCAGUCAUCGCAGGCGGUACUGAAGCCGUUGCUGGAUCCGCUGGAUCCGCUGUGACUGCUACUGGUGGAGCCCCAGUUGCCACAUCUACAGCAACCACGAUGAAGACAUCUGCAAUAGCCACAUCUGCUGCCGCCGUGCCAACGAAUGGAGGUGGUGCUGGAGCAUGCUCAGUUGCAAAGUACGGUCAGUGCGGCGGAAAUGGAUACAGUGGAUGCAAAACCUGUAAGUCGGCUUAAUUCGGGUAUGCGAGGACAGGCUUGUACUGACAAUUCAUAGGUGCUUCAGGACUUACCUGCAAGGCUGGAGGUGACUAUUAUUCACAGUGCGUCUGAUCAGCUUGAUGGCAGCGGACGGUAGACCUGUUAAGCUUCAU